AACAUAGUCAAGUUUUGGUAAGUUUGCUUAUCAUCAAAAUAACGUCACAUUUGGGGACGAUGGUGGAUUGCGUGGGGACAAAAGUCCGGCCCUGAUCCACCACCACCGCACCACGAAAACUUGCUACUUGAGCCUUCACUUUGCUGAACAAAAGAGUCAGUCGCUCGUCCCAGCUCAACAACAGCACCACACGCACGGCUCGAGAUAGGAGGACUAGGAGGAAAGUAAACAAAAGGAUGAUAAGCCUUCUCCUGUUGAGGCUUAUCGGACGACCAGGCAGACAGGAAGUGGAGACUAUCAUCAUAGCCCAGUAGAAUCAAUAAAAUAGGUUUAAUUGUUGUUCGAGCUUUCGUUCUUGGUGGAUGAAAUUGUGUCGCAAUGUGACGUGACGUGUUUGCAGAGCUCAGUUAAAUUGUUAGGACAAAAGUGUGAACAUAUAAUUUUUACAUUAUCGAUGAAGACCAUAACUUAAUUUGACCAUUACUGCUGAAAUAGUUCCGAACGGAAGUGCAUUCGUAUAUUGUGGAUUAAUUAUAUUUAAUCAGUGUAGUGAUUAAAGAAAGCUAAUCCUUCCCACUCUGGAGUUGGAUCCGAUUAAUGCUAAUUAAGCCAAAUUUCAGCACGCUAUUCACUAAAAAUUGACUAUACAAGCAAAACUGAAGAUCGACCCACUUCCUUUCUUUUCGGGAAGUGAAUAAGAAAUUCUCAACAUCAAAAAUACAAGGAAGAAUAAACCGUUCUUUCUUCGUCGUCGUCGUCAUCUUCUCCGCCUGCCUCUCACGAUACUCACGAACAAACGACGGUCGAAUAAUCCUUCAACAGCUCAUGAUUUUUUAAUGCAAAUGACAAAAAAUUAGUAGAGUGACAUUAAAUAAUUCAACAUUUUCUCUAACUGCUCACAACUUUGAUGACUAAAAAAGUGUAGUUACUGAAGCGAAUAAGCGCAUGAAUAGGAGAAAGAGUAGUUGUUGUUUAACUUAAUAGUGCACGACUGGACCGGAGGACUGAUUGUGACUGUUGAAUAGAUUGAAUAAUGUAGCUUUUUUUAGUUCAUGAAUUCUGUCGUGGUGCAAGGGAACGAAGUAGAAUCAAGAACGCUGCAUCGUAUGCAGUAGCUUGGCUGCCGAUUUUCAGCUAACUUGUCCACAAAAUUAUUAAUUCCAUGCCACACGUCUUUCUUUCCCUGAAUUUCUCAAGGAUAAAUGUCAUAACCUAACAUCAUCGACUACCCAGAAGACUCAUCAAAUGUUCAAAGUUAAACAUCAGAGAGAUGCAUAAUAAUGGAGAAGAGGAAUAAUCAAUAAAUAUUUUGAGUGUACUGACUUUAAAAAGUUAAAAAGCUAAAUAAGUUAGGGUUCGUAGUGAUAAAAAAAAUUCGCAAAAUAACUCGAAUCUUUCAGAGAGGAAGGAAAUAAGCUAAGCUUGGUCUAUAAUUCUCUCCCGUGACUCAACAACCUCUAUUAGAACUAAUCGCAUAGCGUGACGAACUUGGUGAAGAAGAUUAUUUUAUCAAAAGAGUAAAAGCUCAAUAAUCCAACCCAACAACUCUGGACAAUUAAUUUACGUAACCAUUCAGAAGACGAACUUAAGUAAUCAAGCUCCAAUUCCUGCCGAGCUUUUCAAUAAUAAUAUCAUUGCUGCAAGAGAAUCAAGAAUAACAGGAAACCCCCAGAUUCCUUUCAUGUGUGUGUUCUUCUAAAUCAAUAAAAUAGUCGUUGUGAAUAACAUUAUUUUAGGAAACUUAAAAAAAUAAAACUGAUCCAGUUCUUCCUUUUCAAAUAAAAUGGAGUCAAAUCUCGAAGAUCUCGACGCGACCAAUCCCCUGACCCAGCCCUCCAUCUCUUUCGCCCUCCCCAACAUGUCCUCCUCCGAGUGGCGGUCCAACUCUGACUUUAACUCGGCCGGAAUGCAAGUCGUUUAUCAAAUCUCAAACUUGACGCUGAACGCAAUCUUCCCCACGUACGACCAGUUCCUUGAUUACGCCCAAAACUACGAGCAGCUCCUCAACAUCACGACGGUGGAUUGGGAGCGGGUGGUGUUGGAAAACAAGGGGGUGUUAGGCUUCGUCUUGGGCUGCAUCCUCUUCAUCCUCCUCCUCACGUGUUGGGGGGUGGGCUGGAUCUUCUGCAAGUGCUGUUGUGGGGACAAGGGAUGUUGCAUGGCGUGCUUGCGGUCCAAGGACUCGGAUGAUCUCAUAUCGGCCAAAUUGGAACAGAAAAGGGACAAAUGCAAGAGGAACUUUUGUGGAGUUCUAUUUGCCAGCAUAAUAGUGGUUUUUAUGUUUGGCCUCGUUUGUUGCUUUGUAACAAAUGAACAAAUGCGAAUGUCAGUGGAUCGUAUGCCCGAGGAGGUGGACAAUUCACUGGCCGACGUCGACAUUUAUCUUAACACGACGGAACGACAAAUCAGCACUCUCUUCAUUGAUAACUACCAACUUUUGUCCACCACACUUAAUCACAUUCUAGAUCAAAGCGGAGAGAUAAUCAAAAAUGGGCUUUCGAAACGCACCGGUGCUCAGGCCCUGAAUAAUCUCACAGAAAUAGUGGACACGGUGGAAGAAGUUCGGAACAACGUGAUCAAUGUUGAACGCACCUCGAAGAGUCUCAAGGACAAAGUUGACCGUCUCAAAAAUGGGCUUACUGACAGCAAAUCCCGACUCUUGUUACUUCUGGAUCAAUGUCAAUCUCAGAAAUGUUUGGAUCUCCGGAAUAUGCCUGAAAUACGAAGUUUGCGCGUGCAGAAUGACUUCCAAAACGCUUUGGCAAUGUACUAUCCCAAGUUGCCCAAUAUGACCGAUAUUCUUCGCGACCUUGGCCUCCUGUUGGGUACCGACGUUCGCAGAAGUAUCGAGGAAGGACGGCGCGCUUUCAACUCCCUUGGGCAAACAAUCAAAAAUGAAAUCGAACCAGUGCUUCCAGAAAUUAGAAGAAUGAUUUCUGAAACUGGGAGUGAACUUGGCGAAAUUUCCAAGUCGUUGACAAAAGCAUUGGAAUCUAUUCCGGUCGAUACGGCACGAGACCAGGUUCAUGAAAGUGAAAUUAUCAUCAAGAAAUAUGCCCCCUACAGAUAUUACGCUGUACUGGGUGUGUGUCUUACGCUAUCCUUCAUUUUUACUUUACUCACGUUGGGGAUAUUUGUCGGAUUUUGUGGCAGACAACCUGGGUCAGACUACUCAAAUGAAUGUUGCUCCCGGAAGACUGGUUCUUCCUUCAUAAAUUGCGGAAUAUUUUUUAUCUUCCUAACGGGUGGUAUACUCAUGGCUGUGGCGCUAGUUCACUUUGUUCUGGCCGGUCUCCUUACACAAGGAAUCUGUGAAGCCGUCUACGCCCAAGAUAACCGCACCCAGACUGCAUUCAACUUGCCAACAUUACGCAUUGAGAGCAAGUACAACUAUGAAGUUCCGCCGUAUCAUGAAAUUGUCAAGGAGUGCAAGAAUGGAGCCAGCGCAUACAUUGCUUUCCGUCUCGCACCAGUGUACAACAUUGAAGACAUAACAAUGCUGUCGGACCGAUUUAAGAAGAAGGCGAAGCAACUUGCAAAUAAAGUCACCCUUCCAGACGAUGCUACAGAACGGAUCGUAUUCCUGAGCGGGGAAGCAAAGCGUCAACUUGCAAAUUUCUCCGAGUCUAAAAUUACAAAGAUUCAUUUCAACAAGUUUGCAAAUCAUCUUGAAGAAUCAAUCGUCUCUGUUGAUCUACGCGACGUCAUAAAUCGUUUCAAUGAGACAAUUGAAGACGAGGAAAAUUUUGACAUGCCACAAGAAGUGAGGAUUCGACUCCAAAAUGAAAUUUUGAUAUUGGAAUCUCUCCAGGAGAAGAUACUAACACCAAUGGUGGCCGAAGUAAAGAAGGCGGCGGACUCUCUCCGUUUCUUAUUCCAUCAACAGAAAGAUCUAGCCCAAAGGAUUAAAUCCGUUGCGGAUUCGGCAGAUAAAGCCCAGCGUAGUUUGCACUCUUCUGGAGCGCGACAGCAGGUUCGCCAAUUAGCACACGAAUUUGAAGGAGAGUUUGUAAAGCAUGUUGACGACUAUGCCAACUUUACCUACAUUUCGAUCCGGGACAGUGUUGGUCAUUGUGAACCACUCUACAAUUCUCUAAAUUCAACGACUACCACAUUCUGCCACAAGAUUGGGUCACCCCUUUCCGCAUUUUGGUUUUCUUUGACUUGUCUCCUCAUCCUAUUCGUCCCUCUCUUGCUCGUCGGUAUGAUUUUGGCCAGACUGUACAGAAAGUACAAGUAUAUCGGAUAUGAAAGCGAAACAUACUACACGAAUGCCUAUGGAGGUGACGCUGACACAAUUCCACUGUCCAUGAGUGCGAAUAACGGCCGUCGACAAAAGCGAGGACGUAACGCCACUGCUGGAGGUAAUAAUGGGGGAAGCGGUGAUCAGCCAACCUCGCAUUCAUCCAGUGCUGCUGCUCACAGCAGAUACCACCCCUCCAGAUUCGAAGACACGUCCCAAAAUUUGGAAUCUAUAUUAAGACGCGAUGCGACAAGGUCUUCUUCUUCACAACAACUUCACCCUUCUUCAUCUCGACGAUCAACUAAUUUACGUUUUAUUGAUACUCCUACUACUAAUAAUUCGCAGCAUGAUUACUGUAGUGCUGGGGCAGGAGGCUUACUGGCAUGGAAUGCAUUUUUGGGGGAGGAUGACAACGAGAUCCACACCUCUUAUCCGCCUCCACCCUCCUACUCGGUGGCGGUGCGGUACGCUAAAAUAGUUCAACACGAGGAGGAAAUCCCUCUACAAUCCUCAACUUCACCCACUACGACGUCUGCAGAGACAACAAUAGCACCAGAGAGCGGUGAUGAUUCUACUAUGUAUGAUGAUGACGAUGUCACUUUGUCCAGUGAAGGGGCAUGGGGAUCUCAACUCGUCUUCAACAAUCAUCAUACACCACCUGCAAGUGGAGAAUAUGAACGACCACCGCCAUACUACUACCCUGGGCCAGCAAAUUAAAUUAGUAGAAAGACUUUGGCCAUCGAUAGAUUGUAUAGUUAUUUAGUGUGACCAACACUUUCGCUUAUUUAUUUAUAUAUUUUUUUUGGGAUGCGUAUUUAUUGCAAAAAUUAUACUGUUAAUUUGACAAAUUUUCCACAAUAAUUCAACAUUUAUAAAACGAAUAGAUACAUUUCCAUCACCCUUUGCUCACAAUAUCCAAUGUUUGUUGUGACAAAAAUACAAAGAAGUAACUUUUUGCUACAAUUUCACUUUCAUUAAAUCUGCUCAUUCAUAUUUACUACUCUUGGUGGUGUUCAAAGAAGUCAAUUGAUCAAAUUUAUCCGAGUCAAUCUUUCGCAAAGUUUUCAUCUCAAGUCUCCAAGUGGGAAGGAAUGUUUGUAAUUUAAUUUUGUACUUUUUACAUCUAAAUCGAUUUUGUGUAUCGUUAUCAUCAGUUUUGUUUAUAAUAAUAUGUAAUUUCUGCCAUAUUAUAUGAUACAAACCAAUAAUUUAAGGCAAACCAAGAAAGUCGAAAGGGUACGAAGCGAACUAAAUGCAACAAAGUGAAAUAAUUUAUGUACGAGCAGAAAAUAGCGACGAUAGAGAAGUAGAAAAAAUACGCGUGCAUACGAUUGAUUAUCGUCAGAUAAAGUUAGAUAUUUAUUCUAGUAAUUAACCUUAAUUAAAUAUGAUUCCAAAACGAUUUAUGUCAUGACAUGUGUCACUACAUAACGCGUCAUCUCAAUUAUUUAAUCUUUGAAUUCAACCACCGUCUAUUCUCAAUCUUCUCCAUCUCGUGUGAUUUAGAUUAAUCUAGGUUAAUUAGAGAGACUUAAUUAAGAGUAGAUAUAAAUGAAUUCUUCAUGUAUUAGUGAGUUUGAAUUCGGAGGUGUCUGUCGUGUUUCAUGAAUUACUAAUUUAUAAAAUUUAGUAUAUGCAAAACUAUUCUCAGAUCCGAUAUUAAAUAUAGAAAAUUAGUGUCGUCUUAUGAAUGAGUCAGGUCCUAUUGUACACAGUACACACUAGUUCAUUUAUAAAUACGAUUAAACAUGAAACAUGCGGCAUGAAAUUAAAUUCUAAUGUAAUGUGUGCCACUGUCGAUGCAGUGGAUAAUAAGACGUAGGAAUGGCGACAAGUUUGCGUGUGAUUUAAAAACUUAAAUAGUCGAAUAUAACGUAUAAUAAAUAGCCAGCGAAUAAGCUUAAAUUAAUGAAUUUGCUUAUCAUCAUGUUGCAUCGCUGUGUGAAUGGUUGGAUUUCAAGAAAUAAAUUGAAUUAAAAACAUUAAAA